GCUACUUGUUCACAACUUACACUUCCUUUGGAAGCAAGUUGGUUUUUAGCGCUCUGGCGCCCAGGCGAUCUUUGGCGAUUGGCGGACAGCGUUCUGCGACCAGUGAUCAGCAUUCAGCGACCAGCGAUUAGUUGUAGAGGCUAGGAGACCUUAGAGGAUAGCGCACUUCCUGUUACAUAGUAUUCCCCUGCUCUGCAGCAUGGCGGCGUUUGUGGCAGGCCUGCUUGGCAUCAGCGAGCAGGAGUUUCAAUUCCGCGUGCAGCGAGCCAACCACUUGACGGUCGCUCCUCUCCUGAGCCUCUACCACUCCAUCUCUCCUCUUCUAGGUCUCACUGCCUCCUCUGAUGAUCUUCCGCUGGUUGCUGCUGUUCAUGAGGCAGUCCCUCUCUCUACUUCUUCUCAGCCUGCUCAGCUCCUCGAGGAUGCGGAUGGUGAACAAAACCAUGCGCACUUUGACGCCUCCGCUAUCGAGCCCCUCAGCCUGAACUCCGACGCUAAAUCUCAGGAGGGAGAGCUGCAGCUUACUUUGCGCGAGCAGGGACUGUGCGGCAGGUGGGAGGCGCUGCCUCAAAGGGGAGAGCGGGAGGGGGGUACUUUGACUUUUUGUUUGGAGGAGGGCUUGGCUGGACGCGGGGAGGCCCUCCGGAGAACCCCGCCUCAGGACUGAUUGCCGCAGAGCAGGCUGCAAAUGUCCCCCUUAGCGACUCAGCGAUGUUCAUCAUUGCACAGGGUUGCUUCCGCCUGAACAAGCUGCAUCUUGAGUGGUGCUGUGGUAUCUCUGAUGGGGGGCUUGCGGCGGUCCUGAGAGGUUGUUCUGAGCUGACUGACCUGAGCCUCGAGUUCUGCGGGAAGGUUACGGGGGAAGCGUUCAGCGGCCUGGCCUGCAAGAUUGAGAAGCUGGAUCUGGUUGCUUGUGAUGCCGUAAAGAAUGAGGGCUUGCUAGCAGCUGCGACAGCAUGCUCAAGGUUGAAGGAGUUGAGGGUCACGAGCAACCAGAAGGGCGCAUCUCUGACGAAGGGCGUGGAAGGGGCUGCCAAAUUCUGCAAGGGGUUAGAGGCGCUUUGUAUCCAUGCGUGUGGUCUCAAGGACGAGACAUUGCGCUCCUUUGCCACCAGCUGCCCCUUGCUAAGCAGCGCCAGCCUUUCGUGUGAGCCCGCCGUUACUGAUGGGGGCCUUGCGGCCUUCUUAGCUGGGCUGCCUAAGUUGGAGUCGCUGAGUCUGCAACACAUGGACGGGCUUUCUGGUGUGCCACGAGUUGGGGCCAGCAAGCGCUUGAAGAAGCUGCGGCUUGGAUAUUGGUGGAAUGCUCCUGAUCUUUUCCUUAGAGGACUUUCAGAGGAAACAACCCUCGAGGAAUUGCGCCUCGAAUGCUGCCCUCAUCUGACUGAUGCCACAGUAGACAGCAUUUUCGCGGGCUGCAGGAGUCUAAAGCUUCUCGUGUUGCUCGACAACAAGCUUAUUACGGCUGAGUCGAUUAGGGCGUACCUUAGACAUGGUAAGAAGAGCACGCUGCAGAUCUUGGAGUGUCCAGGUGCUACCAAAGAGAAUGUACCAGAUGACUUGCGGACCGUUUUGCAAGACGUGUUUCCUUAAUAAGCUCUGAAGUCCGGCCU